AUGCAUUUUGAUGAACGUCCAUCUUGUUUUCAUAAUUUUGCUCAUGAAAUACUCUACGUAAGUGUUAUUUCUUGUGCUCAAUUACUUACUCAAGCAGCAUUAGGAAAUGUACUCGUUCCACUUCAUAUCAUUGGUCCUUCUAUUGGUAUUGAAGAUCCUGCUAAAUUACCAUGGACAUUAGCUGCCUAUUCUUUGACCGUUGGUAUUUUUAUAUUAGUCACAGGACGAUUGGGUGAUAUUUUCGGGCAUAGAUUACUUCUAAUAAUUGGAUUUAUGAUAUUUUCAAUUUUUAGUCUUUUAGUUGGAAUGUCUGUAUAUGUAAAGAAUGAUAUCUAUUUUGAUGUAAUGCGAGCAUGUCAAGGAAUAGGUCCAGCUACACUUUUACCUAAUGCAAUUGCAUUACUUGCCAGAACAUAUCCGACUGGAAUGAGAAAAUCAUUUGUUUUUUCAAUGUUUGGAGCAACAGCACCUACUGGCUUUAUUCUAGGUGCUUUAUUUGGAAGUAUAUUUGCUCAAUUAUCAUGGUGGCCUUGGGCACAAUGGAUAUUAGCUAUUUUUUGUACUUUUCUUGCUAUUUUAGCUUAUUUUAUUAUUCCUCAAGAAUUAUCAUCAGCUGUUCAUCCAACAGGAAAAACUGAUAUACUUGGUACAAUUAUUGGACUAUCAGGUCUUGUUCUUUUUAUAUAUUGCUGGAAUGAAGGACCAGUUACUGGAUGGGAUAAACUAUAUGUUUAUAUUUUAUUAAUUGUCAAACCAAUUAUGCCAUUAUCCAUUUGGUCAGUAAAAGGUUUUCCAGGUGUUCUUACAUCUAUGGCUUUAGGUUGGUCAAGUUUUGGUAUAUUUGUUUAUUAUAUUGUUCAAUUUUUGCAAGUAAUUCGUGGUGCAUCACCAUUGUUAACAACAGCCAUGAUGUCACCUGUCAUCAUUUCUGGUCUUAUAGCAACAAUUUCAGUUUCUCAACUUUAUGAUCGUUUACCUGCUCAUUUUCUUCUCAUGGAGCUAUGA